AUGGCAGACUUUCGGGACGACACCGGAGCUCGAGCCCUACUGGCCUUGCAAUCUGCCCCGUGCAGCCCUGUUCGAGUCGGGGUGACCUCACCCGCAUACCCUCCCAAUUUCACCUUCUCGGGCUCUUCGGUGCUGAGCCGGGGCUGCGCAAUGCCUCCUCGCCUCGCGUCCCCUCCUCGGGCCCUGGCCAGGCUCGAAGGCCGGGACUUUGAUUUCGUCAUGCGGCAGCGGACAGUGACUGUAGGCCGUAACUCGUCGCACGGCUCCGUGGACAUAAACAUGGGACACUCCAGCUUCAUCUCUCGGCGGCACCUCCAGAUCACCUUUGAGGAGCCGUGCGGGUUUUCGCUGCGCUGUCUCGGCAAGAACGGGGUAUUCGUGGACGGCGUGUUCCAACGGAGAAGCGCGCCACCCCUGCAACUGCCCCGAGAGUGUGUGUUCAGGUUCCCCAGUACAGUGAUAAAAAUCCAGUUCUCCUCUCUGUUGUCUGGGGAGGAGUUGAGAGAGGAGGAGCAGCGGUCUCCACCGCCCCGCCUCACCCUCCUCCCCCACAUCUCCCCCCUCAAGAUCAGUAUUCCCACAAUGCACCAUGAUGACCUGCGACACCUGGUCAGCCCACUGCCCUCUCCGACAGGGACCCUCAGUGUUCCUAACUCGUGCCCGGCCAGUCCGAGGGGUGCGGGGUCAUCGGGUUAUCGCUACGGACGCAACGUGACCUCUGACCUCCAGCUGGCUGCGGAGUUCGCUGCCAAGGCUGUCUCCGAGCAACAGAGGGGCGUUGCCGAGCAACAUGGAGAGUCCGGCGGAGGAGACAGCCCCAAGGAUGAAUCUAAGCCUCCCUACUCGUACGCCCAGUUGAUAGUCCAGGCCAUCUCUUCAGCACCAGACAGACAGCUGACCCUGUCUGGAAUCUACACACACAUCACCAAACACUAUCCCUACUAUCGCACUGCUGACAAGGGCUGGCAGAACUCGAUCCGCCACAACCUUUCUCUGAACCGUUACUUCCUGAAGGUGGCUCGUAGCCAGGAGGAGCCUGGGAAAGGUAGUUUCUGGCGUGUGGACUCGGCCUCAGAGGGCAAGCUGGUGGAACAAGCCUUCAGGAAGAGACGGCAGAGGGGCGUGGCCUGCUUCCGCACGCCGUUCGGACCACUCUCAUCCAGGAGUGCCCCAGCCUCCCCCACCCACCAGGGUCUCCUCUCCCCUCCCUCCAGUGGUCUUCAGACCCCAGAGUGUCUCUCUAGAGAGGGGUCUCCUCUGUCUCACGACCACCCUCACCAUCACGACCUGGCUCACAAACUGGCCUCCGUACCAGAGUACAGAUAUACACAGAGCGCCCCAGGUUCUCCAGUACAUGGCCAGCCUGUGAUCAUGGCCGCCCCGCCCCACCCCCUGCCCUCGGGGAUGGGUAAACCCCUAACCUUGUUCUCAGGCCCCGGAGUCGCUGGGGGACAGACCCUCCACAUGCUGCAGAGCCCCCCCAACACCCUCACCAUGCUCCGUCUGGUCACCACGGCUACGGCCUCCCACCCCCCAAACGGGUACAUCCUCACCCCCGGCGGGGGGCAGAGUCAUGGUAAUACCGGCGCUGGCCAGCAGGGAGCAGAGGGCACCAGCGAGCAGAGAGACGCGCAGCAGCAGAAUAGGGAGCGAGUGAUCCAGUCGUUGGAGGGAGCUCAACAGGGGGGUCAGGGGUCAGAGGGGCGUGGCCUAUCUCUGGGGCUGCACCAACUUCCUGUCCGCCCUGUCACUCAGAACGGCAAACACACUGCCGUCGCCACGGCUACCAGCGUCGCCAACCCUUACGCUCUGACCAGCCCUCUCCAGAUCCUGGCAGCCCAGGCCUCCAGCUCCCCCCCAGCCCUGGUGAGCAGACAGCCCAGCGCGGGGCCUGAUGUUGGGCCGGAAGUGCCAGGCGACCCCCAGGCUAAGAGGCCUAAGAUGGAGGAGGACGGGGCGGCUCCUCCCAUUCAGCAGCAGCAGCCAGUCAUCGUGGCCAUGAGUUCUCAGCCACAUGACAACAGGAAGUAGAACUGCUGAACUCUAACCCCUGACCUGGUGUCUAGAGGAGGAGCCUCUCUGGGUGAACCAUCUCACCAGUCUGACCCCUGGGUCCCAGUGUCUGCUGGUUCACCCUCUGAUCCCUCACCUCUAACCUCCUACUGAUAGCUGUCACUGAACUCUCACUGAUCAGUCAUCCAUAAUUGGUAUUUAUUAAUAACUGCCAGUGAUCAAUAAGCCUGUCCCUGACCUUUAACCCCUGACGCCAGAUCUCCCUCUGUAGUGCCAUUUGAGACGCACGACCCCAAGGUGUCACCAGGUAGAUAAAGGCUUGCAUCCCAAAUGGCACCCUAUUUCCUACAUAGUGUACUGCUUUAGACCAGAGCCCUAUUCCCUACAUAGUGUACUGCUUCAGACCAGAGCCCUAUUCCCUACAUAGUGUACUGCUUUAGACCAGAGCCCUAUUCCCUACAUAGUGUACUGCUUUAGACCAGAGCCCUAUUCCCUACAUAGUGUACUGCUUUAGACCAGGACCCUAUUCCCUACAUAGUGUACUGCUUCAGACCAGAGCCCUAUUCCCUACAUAGUGUACUGCUUUAGACCAGAGCCCUAUUCCCUACAUAGUGUACUGCUUUAGACCAGGACCCUAUUCCCUACAUAGUGUACUGCUUCAGACCAAGGUUUGAGGUAAGGACCAGCAGACACUGUGGCCCAGGAGAGGAGGGGCCCUGCAGGACCCGGUGUGUGUGUUCUCCUGCUCUGUAGCGGAGGGAGGAGAGGGGCCCUGCAGGACCCGGUGUGUGUGUUCUCCUGCUCUGUAGCAGAGGAGAGGCGGGAGGAGAGGGGCCCUGCAGGACCCGGUGUGUGUGUUCUCCUGCUCUGUAGCAGAGGAGAGGAGGCUAACCUAAUUUAGACGGUCUGAUUGUGUUUCUUUAAUUUCAUCAUUAGAAGGUGCUGAGUUCUAACCUGGGUCAACUACACACACUGCAAAUACUCUGUACUAUACUAUAAUAUCUGUACUAUACUAUAAUACUCUGUACUGUACUAUAAUACUCUGUACUAUACUAUGAUACUAUAAUACUCUGUACUAUACUAUAAUACUCUGUACCAUACUAUAAUACUCUGUACAACUCUGUAGUAUACUAUACUAUAAUGCUAUAAUACACUGUACUAUACUAUAAUACUCUGUCGUGCUCUACCAACUGAGCCCCACAGAACACAGCACACCUGAUUCAACUAAUUAUGUGAAUCAGGUGAGCUACAACAACAUGGUGAAAUGGCUCGGGUCCACGAGGAGAGGUUGGAGAACCACUGCUAUAGUGUGUGUCCCAGCUGUGUGGAUCCCAGCUGUGUGGAUCCCAGCUGUGUGGAUCCCAGCUGUGUGGAUCCCAGCUGUGUGAAUCUCAGCUGUGUGACCCAGGUGUGGAGCUCAGCUGUGUGUGUGACCCAGGUGUGGAUCCCAGCUGUGUGUGUGACCCAGGUGUGGGUCUCAGCUGUGUGUGUGUGUACAGUUAAAAAAAAAAUUGCAUUAUCAUGAUCAUUUUAUCCCUUAAAAAGCCUUAAAUGUUUCUAUCGUUUUUUGUUGUUGUUUAUCUAGGGAGCUUUUACUUUUUGACAUUAAAGAAUGUUUUUAAUGUUAAGGAGGAAGACUUUUUUUUAUUUUGUAACAUUGCAGACUGCUUCAGAACAGGACUUUUUUUAUUUUGUAACGUUGCAGAGAGAAGCGUGUUUCAGAUCAGGACAUGGCGUUUGACUGCAGGGAAGAAGGUAGAACCUUCUGGAAGUCUGCUUCCCUAAUGGCAUCCUGUUCCCUACAUAGUGCACUACUUCAGACCUCCAGGAGGUUAUAACUUCUACCUCCCUUCCCUGCAGUCACAAACACCAUGUCCUGAUCUGAAACGCGCUUCUACCUGCAACGUUACAAAAUAAAAGACUGUGAUACUCUGUAAGCAGGAACAACCUUUUUGUCAGGGGAAUUGAAGGGUGGGACCAACUCAACAUAACUACACAGCUACAAUUUAUAACUGAUUUUUUUUUAAAACAUUUUUUUAUUUAACACUCUCCCUUUCUUUCUCUAAUUCUGUCCUGUUUUACUCCUCACCCUCUGUUUCUAACCUUCUCUCUGACUCUUUAGUCUAUAGUGUCUGCUGUAGCCUAGUAGUUGUCCCUCCCUAGUGUUCUAGUCUCAGCAGUAGAGUGCUGGUCCAGAGGUGGGUUCUACUAAUGGAAUUAGAAUGUACUAGGUUCUGUAGGUUCUAUUCCUCAGCUUUAGCUUGUCUGUUCUAACUAAUCAGGACACCAUUUUUGUAACACUUCACAAUGUUUAUUUUUUAUUUUAUUUUUUUCUCGUUUGGUAUUUUCUCAUCUGCUGAUCACAAGUCUUUAUAUAAAAUCUAUGAUUGUUGCACAAAAAAACAACAUAAAAAAAAUAAAAACACUGCUAAACAAAAGCUAUUUCAAGGUGGGUUGAGACCGUGUUAUGUUUAAAGGUGGGUUGAGACCAUGGUGUUUAAAAGGUGGGUUGAGACCAUGGUGUUUAAAAGGUGGGUUGAGACCAUGGUGUUUCAAGGUGGGUUGAGACCAUGGUGUUUCAAGGUGGGUUGAGACCAUGGUGUUUCAAGGUGGGUUGAGACCAUGGUGUUUCAAGGUGGGUUGAGACCAUGGUGUUUCAAGGUGGGUUGAGACCAUGGUGUUUAAAAGGUGGGUUGAGACCAUGUUAUGUUUUUUGCUGAAAGUAUUUUGGUAUUCUAUUAAAUCCUACUUUUUUUUUGGAGAAGAAAAAGUAUAUGUAUUUUUAAAUGUUUGAUCUGUUUUAAAAUUUGUAGCACAAAUAAAAUUCUCUCAUUGA